AUGAAGUCCCAUGUCUUGUCGCUUCUGCUGUUAUCAUCUGCCGCUCUCGGCUCGCCUGUAUCGAGUCAGAAGGAUAGGAAGUAUGCCAUUCUCGACAAUGACUGGGGCCCUGUCAGCUUUCUUCCUUUUCUCAUAACAGCCAAGAGCGAUAUUGAUAUUCUCGGACUCAUAUCAGACACCGGCAACACCUGGCAGCAUCAAUGCGCGCUCCACGCCCUCGCCAACCUCGAAGUCGCCAAUCUAAGCUGCAUCCCCGUCUACCCCGGCGCCACCUGGCCACUCAUCAACACCCCCCAUCGCUUCCAGGCAUGGGAAGCUAUCCACGGGAACCUUCCCUUCCAAGGCGCCUUUGCCCUCGAGAACCAAACGGCUGAGGCGGAGGGCAACGAUCCCAGCUCAGGUGAUCCCAACCGUGUAGUUCGCGGUGCCUUCGUCGAAGGGUUCCCGAACAUCACCGUCAACGACUCGACCACCGGCGCGAACUUCCUGGUCGAGAUGGUUACGGGUGAGUAUGAACAGGCGAAUAUCAAUUCUGAUAUCAACUUAAUGAUCGACCCCGAAGCCGCCAAAAUCGCUCUGAACGCGGACUUUCCGGAGAUUAUCAUCGCCGGAAACGUCGCUAACCAAGUCCAGUCUACCCAGGAAUAUCUUGACGAAGUUUACGAAGUCCAGAACCCACUCACGGAGCUAUUCCAUAACCAUUACGGAACGAGGUUCCCCUUCUGGGAUGAGACUGCUGCCGCUUUGAUGGUUAAUAAGUCGCUUGCUGUGAACACUACUACCGCUUAUAUCGACGUUGAUAUCUCCUACGGGAGUCCGAAUUAUGGGAAUAUUCAUCUCUACCAGGAGGCUCUUGCGCCGAAGGGUCUGAGGACUGUGACCUUCGUGAAUGAGAUUGAUGGCGAGGAGCUGAAACGGAUGAUGAAGGAAGCUAUGCAGGAUCCCCCGACAUGUCACUAG